AUGGGGCAGCCACCACCCCCAGAUUCCACAUACCACUUUGAGAACUACGAAAAUGGCAAGCCGAAAUGGGCGCCUGGAAAGGACAACCAGAGAGACUACCGCGACUACCGCAACAGCCGCAGGGGCGAUCAUCGUCGUCCCCGAAAGGAGCGGCCUGCCGAAGACGAUGCGCCGCCGCCGCCAUACCCAAUGAACCCUCCUCCCCCACCCGGCGCUGCACACUAUCCACCACCCCCGCCGGGAGCUUCAGAAUAUCCGCCUCCCCCGCCCGGUGCAUCAGACUACCCUCCUCCUCCACCUGGAGCAUCAGACUACCCCCCUCCCCCUCCGCCAGAUCCUCGUGACCACCGAGACCGCGGCGCUCGCCCACGCCGCCAUCACAGACAGCCCUCGUACUCGUCCGACGACUCGGAAUCAGACUUCCCGCCCCCUCCGCGACGCAGCCAGCGCGACGACCGCCCCCGCGACGACCGUCCCCGUAGAUCUAGGCGCGAGGAUACCUACGACUCAUACGACGAACACUAUCCGCCCCGAAGACCCAAGGAUGACGGCCGCCGUGAACGCGAUGGUUACAAGUCUGAAGGCUACAAGUCGGACCGCCGCCGCAAGGACCGCGACCCUUACUACGAUGACCGCGACCGCCGAGACAGGCCACGUGACGACCGCAGACGCCGCGAUGGCCGCGAUGACCGCUACGACGACCGCUACGACGACAUGUUCAACACCAAGCCGCGUCGCGACUCUCGCUACGAUGACAGGGAUCGCGACAGGCGCGGUCGAUACGAUGACGACCGCUAUGAUGACCGCCGUAGAAGCGGCAGAGGAGACGUGGGCAAGCCAGGAAAGCCCGGACAGCCUGAGUGGCAGAGGCAGGCUAUGGGCAUGUUCAAGGACUACGCGCUGCCCAUCAUCAAGAAAGAGGGUGCCAAGUAUGUACAGAAACAGAUGGCCAAUGGCUUUGGACGGCGCUAG